UUUGUAUUCACGAAACGGAAGGUCUGUGAGUGUUUCAGCGCGGAGAUGUUUAACAUUUCGUGCUUCAUUUCAACGGAUAUUACUUGUUAAACCACGGGAUCAUGAUGAAAAAACCCAGAGACGCAGUUGCUUUGAACUUUACAUCCGUCUGAGAUUUGAGGGUCGAAAGUAAUGCGGAUUGGACCGGUUUUGCUAUACUUCGCUCUGUGAUUGGUCAAGAAAAUAUGCACUACCUUCUCGUCCAAUCAAACGCAUUUCUGGGCAGUCAGGGUGCCUGAGUACGCCUAUAUAGUCUAGCUGAGAUAUUUUUCCUUUCCUCGGUGUGAUGAGAGGUGUGGUUUCUUGACUUCGGUAUAACAUGGACCCUCGAUCGAAAUUUGAACGCUUUGUAUCAAGCUCCGUUUUUUCUGUCCUGUUAGGUGCGACUUAGGUCAGGUUGCCGAGCAGGUUUUCUGAUUCCUCAAGCAUAUUGAAUGUUUUUCAUUGGGUUUCGUAUCACAUAUUCGCACAUAACCUAUGUUUGUCAUUUUAUUUUAUUUUCAGGUGCACUUAAAUUGUCUUCAAACAUUCCCUUAUUUUGAUUCACGGUUAUUAUUAAUAACUCGUUAUCAUCAAGUCACACAGGAAACAAUUACUGGGCAGUAAAAUCACUUACCUUCAAUUGCCUUAACAAUGACCACUCAGAAAAGCGUUUCCUGUGGAGUUUUUCUCACAGAAUUAGACGAGGAUAUUCCUGAAGAUUUCACUCAUGAAGUUCAGAAUGGAGAUCCGGUUUGUUCUCUUUCUUAUGACAGGAAGAUCCACCCUCUCUUGGAGGGAGGAAUCGUUCAUGGAAAACGUGAAUCACAUCAUAGGAAAGGUGCAGCAAUAGAAACAGAUCAGGAUCAAGAGAUAAGACAAUCCCAGAAAGUUCUACGUAUCAAGGUUUCAGGUUUUUCCAUAAUCCAGAAUGGUUCUAACAGCACACCGUGUCAAGUACCGACUUGUAAAUGUGAUAGCAAGAAUCUGCCCACUUCAUCUGAUGAAGAAAGCGAUUCAGUCACAAAAACUCAAGAGAUAGAAGAAGACAGACAAGGAACACAAGUCUACUCAAUAUUAGGCAAACCUAGCUCUGUCCAUUCUCCAAUGCCAGUCAUUCCAAAGCGCGGAUGUAUGAAUACUUCCGGUUAUAUCUUACUUAUAACAAAACUACACUAUCUACAAGAUAAAGGGGAGUUUGAGCUACAUGAGCAAAUAAUACGAGAACAGUUGGCAAGAAGGUCGCCCGAAGAUGUUGACAUGGAAGUGAGUUUAAAGAUUGAACGCGCAAUGGCCCUUUUUUUUCAGAACAAUGGUAAAGAUGCCAAAAGAAUACUAAAAUUUGUACUGAAACUGGAGCCGCAGUUGAAAAACCCGGGAAUUCUGAUCGGACGAGCCUUGAAUCUUUUGACGGCGGUGUACAAGCGUCAGAGCAAAUUUGGAAACGCUAUGAGAUGCGUGCAAGAGGCACAAAAAGCUCUUGAACUUCAGGAUUCCCAUGAAGACAAAGCGGAACUCUAUCAAAGUUAUGGCGCACUGCUUAACUCUUUACCUGCAGCGAAUAUAACUCGGGACACCCGAAAAACUACAGCGUACAAAUCUUAUGAGCUGGCAUGUCAGUACGCUGUAAUCAACCGAGAAUACAUUAACGUCAAAAUGGCGGCUCUGCUCCUAAAGUCCUGCUCUAAGGCAGCGAACAACAACACCCACAUCUGCAAAGAAGACGUUAUGAAAGCAAAAAGGCACCUUGAUUUAACUGAAUCUAGAACUGCUGAUGGUAAAAUGGCGUUAGGGACAAGAAUAAAACUGCUGCUUUUGCGGUCUGAUCAGUACUGUUUUGAACAAAACAAUGCUAUGGCUAUCGAGAAGGCUGAAGAAGCGAAGGUGCUCAUUCAGAGACAUGGGUUUGAGCUGGAACUUGAUUCUGCCGAGAGGCGCAUUAGCCGCUUGUCUGAUAUGCUAAGGCUAGAAAAAGGGGAGUGGUCUAGAAGCGACUUGUGUUCAAGCAGUGAAAAUCAAACUGAUAGCGAAGGGGACAGCUCAUGUCUUGAGUAAUGAACACAAUGUCGUGAUCAAUGCUUAAAGAGCGCGAGAAUUUUUGUUAAAAUUUUGGCCAUUUUACGGUUAAUUUCUUUCUGUUACGGUCAACAGAAAUGUUAAAAAUUAAUUUUUAAUUGUUCUGAAACACAUCUACUUCUCGCUUUUUUUGCCAUUAGAGUGAAGCAACAAGGGUAAUUGGAGAUCGAGCUUCUAUUAGCUUGACAUAGAAUAAUUUCCUGUUUCCCACAAUGGCUACAAUUCACAAACUAAGACACAUAACAGUCUAAGUUUUGACACUUUCAAAAUGACACAUUGUAUUUAAGAAAGAAUUUUAAGACUAACUUUUUUCACGAAUAACAGUUAAAAUUUGUCAUUUUUUGCGCUUGACGGCUAAACUUUAGUUUGCUGUUUUUAGGCUAACGGUGAAUUCCGAUGAGAAGCACUUGACAGAACAAGAUGAUUUUGCCAGAGUUGCACAUGGGCCAAAGUUAAAGUAAAAGAUAAAAAAGAAUGGCGAAUAAUAGAACAGACGAACCUCCAAAUAAAAUCCUUUUUUUAAAACAGCAUGCGAAACCCUCCUCAAACUGAAGAAGACGCGAUUUUCACGAUAUCGCUCAGGAAUCACAUCAUACGUCUUUUUCCCUUCGUGUAUACAAUGAUGUAAGAGCCUCAUCUUCAAAUCAGAACUAUUUUAAACAUGAACUCGUGAUAUAACAAUGAUUAAUUCAGUUCCUAUUUGUUUGGGGAAAAUGCGUCUUGCAUCAGCAAACUUCGGGAAUCCCCAGCGUCACUUUAACUGAAUAGAACUUAAGUCACGCAACGGUCCGGCUAAAGGUGAAGAAAGGAGGGUGUGAAUUGUUAGAGCAUGUCAUUGUUUGAGUUAACAAAUACAAGAAAAAAAGAAAUGAAUAAAAGUGCAGAGGCUU